AUGGCCGACUCGCCAAACCCGACAAUGCUGGCCCCGCCUGCUGUUGUCACUUUGAAAGAGGAGGCUGUAGGAACAAAGGACACUGGAUACAGAGGUACUAUGGAGAGAACAGUCAGCAUGGACAUCCGAGAAGAGCGUGAAGAUCUUAAACGAGCUGCCGAACAGUCUCUCAACGCAAUCAUGGACCUCAACUUGGACGGAACUAUUCGCUGGGCGAGUCCCUCUUGGAAGGAUCUCAGCGGGGUCGACCCGGAAUCGAUAGUCGGCAAGACCAUGUCGGAUAUCAUUGUCGACCACAAGAACAUUUUCACAGAUGCCAUGGCUCUCAUGAGGAACGACGAUACAAAGAGCCGUAUCAUUCGCUUCGCAGUUGCAUACCAGCUACCAAUUGGUGCGAGUCUGGAAGUUACUGUCGAGAGCCCCCAUGCCGAACUUGUGGCUUUCACUACUGGUCCAGAAGAUCAAGACAUUCGUGAGCACCUAGUAAAUCUUGAAGCCCAAGGCAUCAUGGUAUACGAGAGAGCCACUGGAGAAGAGAGUCAUACCAUGUGGAUGAUCAAGCCUGCAGUUCAUCGCGAGAUAACCAUCGACCUUCCUGACGUCCUUGCAGAGUCCCUAGGAAUUGGCGCUCAUGUUUUGGCGCAAUACCUGACCCAUUUGGCCGAGAUCGGCAGUGACGACCCAGCUGAUCAUCCGCCCCCGCCCCCAGUACUGUGCCGUAUUUGCGAGCGCCAGAUAACCCCUUGGUGGUUUGAGAAGCAUACUGAGUUAUGCAUGCAGGAGCAUAAGGCCGAGAUGGACGUCCAGAUUGCCCAAGAAAACUUGACUGAGCAUCGUGCUGCCAUUGUCAAGGUUUUGGAUGCCUUGGAAGUUCAGACCCGCCAUUCUCGCCAUGCUCCCUCUGACUCGGGCUCUCCACUGCCCACUCCGCUGUGCGACUACAAAGGACAUCCCAUUGGACCUGCUUCUCAGCCAUCAUCUGGUCCAUCGUCUGGUCGUGCGUCACCUGCAGGUCCUCAACUCAAGCCGCGGAGUUCUUCGCGAUCCGGCUUAGGUCACCAAAGAGCCCGCUCUUUUGCUGUCAGGCGUCCUUUGGCUCGAAUUGUUGAGCUCGUUCUCGAUCUUUGCGACACUGCUCUGGAGAUCAGUCAGCCCGCUGUCAAAGACAGCUCUCAAGAUGGCGAGAUCAGGACCCAGUCUCCUCAAUCCGAAGGCAGAAUAUCACAGGUAUUGCAGUGGCAACCUCCGAACACAAGUACUGUGGACAACGAACAUGGUCUCGCGCUGCUUGCCGAGGACACUUCGGGCUUCUGCAAAGCCAAAGUUGAAGCCAUCUUCCGUCACCGGCGUAUCCUGGAAUACUCUGAGCGCCUCCGCAUCGAGUUUCACAUUUUGGUACAAGAGUGUAUUGACGAAGCCGUGGCUAAAGCCGCACGUAUAGCCAAUGGAGAACUCAGCGACUCGAGUGAAUCAUCAUCCUCGACUGACGUAGAGAAUGAGGAAGAAGAGGAGAAUGAGGAUCAAGACAAGUUUAGCCACAUUGGAGAUGCCAUGUCUGAUAUAGAUGGACCACCUUCACGGCUACCUGAAGGCAUGCAAGAGGAUUUCUCUAUCAAUCCCUAUGGAUCACCGCUUGCACCAUCAGCCAUGACUAUGGCGCUGCGUAACAUUCCAGAAGCAUCAUCGUACCGAAGGCCUUCAUCGACUGGUGAAUCUUCGCGUUCCAACAGUCCCCAUGGUGCUCGGACACCACGCUCAUAUGGAAGUGCUCUCAGUACUUUGAUUCACCAGAAGAGAGCAGCCAUGCUAGCCCCGGAGAGCGAUGCUGGUGCGGAGAGCGACAGCAGCGUCCGUUCCUCGUUGGCCUCGAUACCUGUGCGAACAGACUCACCAGCUCCUGAACUGACUCUUAGCCGGGUUGCUAGUACUCGUGAACACAAACGAAGAAGUCUUGUACUACCCAGUCUAGCAAACAAUAGCAGACAGCAGUCUCCUACUCGAAGUAUAGCGCCUUCUUCUCCACUGCGAGUCGCAAAGCCACGAGUACCCAGUGGUGGGGAGCCUGCUCCUUCGCCGCUUACCUCUCCCAUACUCUCUCAUGACCAUCAUUUCCAGUCUCCCAUUCUGCGAGCCCAAUCGUUACAUCAUCACCAUCACCGACGCCAGUCUUCUGCGACUCAAUAUUCCGAAUCAUACCGCCCACCAUCAUCACCGAGGCUGAGUGCCGUCAACAGCAAUCCACAACCCCGAGCGGUACAAACCUCUAUCAAAGACUUUGAAGUCAUCAAGCCUAUCAGCAAAGGUGCGUUUGGCAGUGUUUAUCUUGCCAAGAAGAAGGUCACUGGAGAUUAUUAUGCCAUCAAAGUCCUCAAGAAGGCUGAUAUGGUUGCCAAAAACCAAGUCACCAAUGUCAAGGCUGAACGAGCGAUCAUGAUGUGGCAAGGUGAGAGUGACUUUGUUGCGAAACUCUACUGGACCUUUGCAAGCAAAGACUACUUGUAUCUUGUUAUGGAGUACCUGAAUGGAGGCGAUUGUGCUUCGUUGGUCAAAACACUAGGUGGAUUACCUGAAGAUUGGGCAAAGAAAUAUUUGGCCGAAGUCGUACUGGGCGUUCAGCAUCUCCAUGACAGACAAAUCGUUCAUCGCGAUUUGAAGCCAGAUAAUCUUCUCAUCGAUCAGAAAGGUCAUCUCAAGCUUACAGAUUUCGGUCUCUCCCGGAUGGGACUUAUCGGGCGUCAAAAGAGAAUGCAAAACAACAAGCUUGGCGAUGCACCAGACUUGCUCAAGUUGGGUAAACGUGCGCCAUCUAUUGCAUCUUCGCGCUCUACUUCCUUCGACUUCAAUGGCAGUCAGUCUCCAGCUCCGACCCCAGGACUCACACCCGCCUUGGCUGGAGAGCUUGGUCAGCCAUCCUACUUCAGCUUGACCAAAGGAGACUCUCGUGAGCCUUCACGGCGGACAUCUGGUCAACGUAGCGACAGUGGAGAGAGCGAUGCUUUGGCAAACAUGUUCCGUCGCUUCUCAAUCGUGGACGAAUCUUCAGGUUACCAGAGGCGAACACCAAUUGAAGAAGAGACUGCUAGUGAAGGCGAGUCGCCAGAACCCUACGCCCUACAACCCGUUUUGAGCCACACGAGUGGACUGGGCACCCCUCCUGGUCAAUCUGGCAUGCUGCCUCCACCAAUGGCUCUGUUCGACCCUGAUGAUAGUUCGCGAAGAUUUGUCGGUACACCAGACUACCUCGCUCCAGAAACGAUCAAUGGAAGUGGCCAAGACGAGAUGAGUGAUUGGUGGUCCCUGGGCUGCAUUCUCUUUGAGUGUUUGUAUGGCUACCCACCUUUCCACGCAGACACUCCCGAGCAGGUAUUCCAGAACAUUCUAGAUCGCAAGAUUGACUGGCCCGACGACGAAGAUUGUCCCGUAACUUCAGAAGCCAAGGAUCUCAUGAACAGACUUAUGUGCUCGGACGCCAAAGAGAGACUUGGGUCCAAUAUCGAUGAGAAGUUUGCAAAUGGUGGAGAUGAGAUCAGAGCUCAUCCAUGGUUCGCUGAUGUUGAGUGGGACACGCUCCGAGAGGAGGAAGCAUCGUUCAUCCCAGCACCUGCAAACCCUGAGGACACAGAAUACUUCGACUCCAGAGGUGCUACACUACAAAAUUUCAGAGCCGAGUUUGAGGAUCAGGUUUCAUCGCCAGCCAACACACCUGGCGCCGACUAUCCAGAACGACCUCACGACGCCUUGUCAAGGGUUAGAAACCAGGUCAACUCAAUGAAGCGAGGAUUGAUGCCAUUGCAUAUACCUCCACACGUUAGAGACGGUCGCAGUCGAAGACUAAGUGAGCCUGUUGCCGCGGAUGACUUUGGAAACUUCCAGUUCAAGAACCUUCCUGUUCUAGAGAAAGCAAACAAGGACGUCAUUCAGAAACUUCGUGCUGAAGCAAUGCAAGCUCAGAGCAAGGUCGCCCAAGGUCUCAUAUCUCCAUCGCCGGUGGUACUGUCGCCUUCUCCGUCUGUUGAAUCAAGCCCGGUAGGAUCCGCGCCACUGAAACGUACGCUUUCAUCAAACAAAGGAAAUAANCAGACCUGCUUCCCUUCACUCUUGAGCAAGACAAACUCAUCUCCAAGCAGAGGCUCCCAGCCAUCAUCUCCUUUGUUGGUGUCGUUCAGUGCAGGAGGCCAUCACGAGCGUAGGAAAACAUCAACCUCUUCUUCGUUGGCCCAGCAAAUCAACAGCUUGCAAAUGAGCAGUAACUUGUUGGAUGCUCCCAACUUACCCGCCGGGUUCAAGUCAUUGUCUGCAGCUUCGUCUCCAAUCAAAAUCCCAAAGAGCUUGAACGGCCAACAAGGCUACAUGCUAGACAAGUCUUCACUGCCAAAUGCAAGAAGAGGCAGUGUAUCAUCGCCACGACAGCGUUCACACACCAUCGGCUCUCAAGAUGAUGAUAUGCCACCUGGACCAAUAUCGCAGUACAAGCGGAGGAGUAUGGCGUUUGACGCCUCGCCAUCGUCAUCAGAUAACGAAGAUCAACGAGCAAAGGCNUUUUUACGAGUGCAACGCCGAAGGCAGAGUACAAGAAGACUUUCCCAGAUCACGUUAGCUGAGGGACCUGCUUUCAGACCACUAGAUGUAUUGAUCUGUGAGGAUCAUCCAGUUUCACGCCUUGUCAUGGAGAGACUUCUUGAGAAGCUCCGCUGUCGCACUAUUUCUGUACAAGAUGGUUCUGAAGCAAUGCGUUACGCCAUGAGCGAAGUCAAAUUUGACAUUAUCAUGAUGGAGUUCAAGUUGCCUCAAAUUAACGGAGCAGACGUGGCACGCAUGAUAAGAGAUACCAAGAACGCAAACUCGCACACUCCAAUCGUUGCGGUCACGGGAUAUCUCAAGGAGCUUCAGGCACCGCACUACUUUGAUGCGUUGAUCGAGAAGCCUCCGGACACUGCAAAACUGAUUGAAGUUAUGAGCCGGCUUUGCCAAUGGAAGCCACCCCCACCUGGAUGGACCCCAGCACAAUUGCCCAUGAUGCCGUCCUCGAGCCUACGUCGAGAACCGCCAUUGACUGAGGAGAGUCCAACAACUAGUUCGAUAUCUGGUUAUGGGAUGCUCACCAACAGUUUCCGUGGAUCCAGCAGAGAGGACUCGAUAGGAUCAAGUUCAAUACCUGAGACGGGCAGCCCAUAUGACUCGAUCCCUGUCAUUAUCAGUAGACAUACCAACGAUUGGCAAGAGUCCGAACUUGAGCGCCAAUUUGGCGGACUAGGAAUUAGUCCGGAGGAAGUAGUGCAUGCGAGAACAAAACCUCCGCCCGAGUCUAAGAUGCCGGCGUUGACGGAACAGAUCUCUGCACCAGGAAAACUCGAGAGCUCACGAGAAGUUUCGCCUCGCAAACAACGAUCUUCGGAAUCAAUAGAGGCGAGGAAGAAGUCUCUGGAGGUGGGAAGACAUGAGUGUGCGGAAUCAGGAGACGAUGAAGAUGAAGAGCUGGGCAAUGCUCAGAUCCGAGCACGAUCGCCCAAGUCUAAGACACGAGGAGCAUCCAAGCUUGGUACCGAGAUGUUGCGUACAAACAGUCAGGGGAGUGUUGUAUCGAACGAAGAGGUCAUGGCGACGCAGAACCUCAAAGCAACGGCGUCUCUCACGGGCAACGAGGAAGCGGCGAUUGAAGAGGAGGGAGCUACAUUGACGCCACCAGAGUUGUUCUUGCCACACGGCAUCAAUGUCGUGGACACGGAUAGGACGCCACGGCCGCACUACACGAGCGAUCCUGAUCCUGAUCCAACGCCUCGAGCCUCGACAUCACCAACACGGAAGGAAUGA